AUGCUGCUGCGACCUACCAUGAUACUACGGGCCGUCAACGGCCGGACGGGCAACAUCACCGGCUUCGACAUCCGCAAGCUGAAGGAGUCCAUCGAGAAGCCCCGCUACGACCCAUGGGAGCGAUACGAGAACUGGCGGUACACCGGGCUCUUCAGCAGAUGGAACCGGCUCAAGAGCUCCUUCCCCGGCCUGGGUAUUGCGACGGUGGCGUUUGCUGCGUACUGCGGGUACGAGUACGCGUUCCUGCAGGAUGAGCAUCACGAUGAGCACCAAAGCGAGGGGCACCACUGA